AGGUAAGGGGCCCUGCCAAGGGCGUGGCAUCACUGGUACAGAAGCACAGGGCUGUCCAGUUCCGGAACCCGCUCUUUCCUCCACCCAGAUGUUCAUACACGGCGCUGACUGCCUUGCAAAGACCCGCUCAGCUGCCAAAUGACAUGAGGGGAGCAACUGUGGCCACUUAGCUUGAGCCCAGUUUCUGGGUCCGAGCCCACCUGGGCCAGCUGACUUAGAGGGGGUCACGUGUGUCCUGGCCUGUCCCUACCCACAGAGAAUGUAUAGGGGUGUCACCUAUGCCAGCUCCUGGCCGACAGGCUGACUCGGAGCUCCUGGGGGUCCAGAGGAAGCAUUAGGGUACAGACCCACCCUCUUGAGAGAGUCAUGCCAUUUCCAUUCAUUCCCCCACCACACUGACACCCCUAUCCCGGGUCCAGCAAUCUGGGCUGUUGGCAUGGAGGGUCUCAGAGCUCUGGGAGGAGGGUGGAGACUACCCUUGGCAGAGCCCCCACCCUGCUCACCCAGGGGCUACCACUGAUUCGUGCAAGAGGGGGCUUGACCCGGACAAAGGGUAGCACCCAGUGCCCAGGCUGGAGUUUAUGGAAGUUAAGGAUGGCAGCUGCAUUUUGUAGUCCUUACUAAUGUUUUUACAUGAAUGGAGUGACUUGCUCAAAGUCACACUGAGACAGCAGCAGAGCUGGCUGACCACUGGCUAAGAGCAUUAGCUACCUAAUCUCAUGAAGCCUUGACAGUGGCCUUGCUAGGUAAGGCACACCGAGGUGUGAGAGUUACUUCAAUCAUCUGUGCCUCAGUCUCCUCAUCUGCAGAAUGGGAGCCAUAGAAUGUGCCUUUAGGGCUGCUGUGAGUAUCUGAGGAUGUGGCGUCUAAAGCCUUGAGCACAGUGCCCUCGCCGGUUUGCUCAGUGAAUAGAGCAUUGGCCUAUGGACUGAAGGGUCACAGAUUCAGUUCUAGUCAAGGGCAUGUACCUUGGUUGUAGGCUCAAUCCCUAGCCCUGGUUGGAGCACGUGUGAGAGGUAACCAAUGGAUGUGUCUCUCUCACAUUGAUGUUUCUCUCUCCCCCUCUCCCUUAAACUCUUUUUUUUUAAAAAAAAUCAAUGGAAAAAUAUCCUUGGGUAAGGAUUAACAACAACAACUAAAAAGUGUGCUAAUCUAGGUGCAUGGAAACAAUGGAUAGGGCUUAAGGCAAAGAUAAAGCCUUGAGCAUGCACCAGUGGAUCUAUUUACUACACUGGCCUCCAGACGGACCACACAGGAACCGAGGAUGGACGUGUGGUGGGGGAAUGAAUGGAAAUGGCGUGACUCUGAAGAGGGUGGGUCUGCACCCUAAUGCCUCCUCUGGACCCCCAGGAGCUCCGAGUAGCCUGUCAGCCAGGAGCUGGCACAGGUGACCUUCAUUUCCUUAGAGUUCAUGCCUGACUGGCCGCCCCUGGGACCGCAGUGGCACGGACGUCCGGCCUCAGUCAAAUGGUUCACGCUCCAAGCACGGACCUGCGCUGGGCCCCAGCCACACAGGGAAAUGAAGAGACUCCAUGGGCCGGCACGGACACGGGGACUUACUGUGGUGACCAUGCAAAGAGGCCUUGGGCACCUGCUCGGGUACUGGGCUCUCAGGAGCCACCAGCCCCCUGGUCUGGGAGGCGAGGGAAGGCAGAGGAAACGGAGCGAGCAGUGGCUUGGAGCUACCGCCUGCCCUAGUUAAAUGGAGGCGGAGGUGCCGGUGGGGAGGGCAGGGAGUGACAGUGGUAGAGGAGCAGCUGGAAGUCAGGGACCUGGUGGAGCAGGUGGUAAGGAGCAUGAGCUGUGAGGUCCAUAGCCCUGGCUUCACCCCCGGCCCUCCUACUAACCAGCAGGAUGACCUUGAGCAGUCGGUCGGCCUCUGGCCUCCCUUAGGCCUCCCCCAGAAGGCAUUAGGCUCCUGAGCCUUGGUUUCCUCAUCUGUACAAUGCGGGCAGAAUCCUUCCCACGUGUGCUGAGCAGAUGUCAUGCUGUUUGAAAGCAUCGCAGAGGCUCCAUAAAGGUGGCUUUCCUUCCCUUUGGCUCUUAUUGGGCUUGUGGUCAUUUGGAACCUCCAGAUCCUUUUCUGGUUGAGACAUAGCCUGCUGGAAGUCACCCAGCCAAGAGUGGUGAGGAGGCAUAAGUGGGUCUCUGGGUUCAAGUGGAGUUUCUCCCACAGGCCUCAACUGACCCUUAGAUCCCCGAACUCCAGGGCCCACUCCACUGUUAACUUCUAACCUCUCACAGGCUGGGCCCCCUGAAAAGUGGCUCUGAGGCCUCCCUGGUGACCCUCCUCCAAAGUGUCUGAACCAAGUCAGCUGCUGGGGUGGGGGGGGUGGGGGGCAUCUCCCAGACCUUUGGGGAGACCCUCCCUGCCACACCCUAAGCCAGAUUGGAGCUGGGUUCCCAGCUGCCCGGCUUUUCCAGGAUGGGGGAGCACUGGUAGGAAAGAAACAGGUGAGUAGGGGGGGAAGGGCUGAAGCAGCCCCCAGCCCCUGGGGUUGGGCCCCUCUUGUGGACUCCCCCUGUGCUCCAUGGGAGGGGAGGAAGGAAAUUGAGGGCAGCCUCCUCCAGCCCCACUUUUCCGUGAGCACCUCGGGGGAGCAGACACAAGGCAAUGGGCAGCUUCUCCAGGGCCCCCAUUUCCACGGCUGCCCCCACCCCAUGUACUUUGCAUGAGCUUGUCCUGGCUCUCCCUCACCUUGGCCACCAGUGGCCACACAGGUGUGUGCAUAGGGACCUCAGGCCCUGAACUAGGCCAUGAGGGUGACAGUUGUGUCGGGCCUGGGCCACCAGGGCAUGUGUUGUGUGUGCAGCCCUGAAGGAGAGUCAUGGUGACGCAGUGUCCCAGGCACCUGUCCUCAGGGCGGUCAGUGACUCAGCCACAUCCAGUUGCCUCUCAGAUGAUGUCAAGGCCAGAGGACCGUAGAGACUCUAUCUCCCGGCCCAGGGCGUCUCAGCGCGGGGUCUGCGGACAAGCCCAAGCCUGGCGGUGCCCUGGAUUCUCAGCUGCAUUUGCCAGGUGUUACAUCCGCAUCCAGGACUUUCAUCAGCAUCUCCCAAGGAUCUCUGCCCCUGCAUGCGAGUCCAGUUUACAGGAGGGGAACGGAGGCAAGAGAAUGGAAGGGGCCUGCCCAAGGGCAGCCUGCACACUGACUGCCACAGAGCUGGACCGGAAGGCGGGACGUCUGACCUCUGUCCAUUGCUCCUUCAGAUUUGGGUCCUCAGGGGGCUCCUCCGUCCACGCUGACAGCCACACUAAGAAGCUCUCCCUGUCCAGGGGGCCCCGUGGUCCUUCCACAUUGGAUCUGCUUGGUCGCCACCACUCCCAUCAGCCCCGCUUUGAGCCUUGGAUUCCUUCAAUCCACUAACCUGCUCGGUGGCUUUGAAUAAGUUACUGUCCCUCUCUGAAUCUCAGGCUCCUCAUCUGCUAAAUGGGGAAACAGAAGAGGUAGUGAGAAUAAAAUGGGAUGACAGAGCGUGGUGAGUGCUCAGCAGCGAGCCCUCGGAACACAGUUUCAAUAGAAAUGACCUGUGCUCCUGGUCACCGUCACUCCCCCCAGGCUGUGGCACAGGCCCUGCCCCCCUCCCACCCCAACACACACACAGAACUCCUUAUCUCCCCUCUGCUGGCCGCACAGCCUGGGGCGUCACAGAGCUGUCCUGACUCACUUUACACUUGAAUGGGGUUGAGGGGAAACCACCUUAGAGUCUGGCUGUGUGAUUUGAAUCUCAGCUCUGUGGUUUGUACAACCCAGGGGGAGUUUCUUAGCCUCCCUGUGCCUCAGUUUCCUCAUCUGUGAACCGGGGUUAGAAACACUUCCAGUUUUCGUGAGUAUUAAGAGAGAUGGAGACUGCCCGGGCCGGUGUGGCUCAAUGGUUUAGCAUCGACCUGUGAACCAGAAGGUCACGGUUCGAUUGAUUCCUGGUCAGGGUACAUGCCCUGGUUACAGGCUCAAGCCCCAGUGUGGGGCGUGCAGGAGGCAGCUGUUCAAUGAUUCUCAUCGUUGAUGUUUUUAUCUCUCUCUCCCUCUCCCUUCCUCUCUGACAUCAAUUUAAAGAGAGAGAGAGGGAGAGAGAGAGAGAGAGAGAGAAUGAUAAGCACUCAGCACAGCGCCUGGUUCUUAUUGACAAUGGCUACGGCUUUGGGGACACCUGCUAUAGGCCAGAUGCCAUUUAAUUACCACAGGCCAGGCCACCUUGGUCAGGCGCUGAGGGCGGGCCCCAUGUGCCAACCUGCUCUGUCUCCUGGUUGAUCUCCUGUGUCCUUUACUGCCAGGUGUUGGAACAUUAGGGGAUGCGACCUAUCCUCCGCCACGAGGCAGAAGGCCAGGGCCCAGUUGGCAGGACAUGCUCCCUCUACCUCCAAAGGCGGUUCUCCCCAACCACCCAGGCCCCGCGGUCCCUAAGAGGGGAUCCUCCCCAUUCCAGCCUCCUCCCCUCCCCCAGAGCCCUCUGACCUCUCCACCUGUCCCCUGUGCGUUCCCCACCCCGGACAGUGGCAGGACUGUCACUAUGUAAAUGUCUGCAAAUCCCUGGGAGUUAAGCGGCCAGCUCGCUGGUGAGGCAGAGCGACCUCUGGGGACCCCACUUCCCAGCCAUGGGACCUCAGGCCGGGGUGGUCUGCUCCCUGUUCUUUCUGCUCCAGGUCCUGGCUACGCCGGCUGAGAACCCGGACUUCAGCCUGGCGGGGGAUUACCUCUUGGGCGGCCUCUUCACCCUUCAUGCCAACGUGAAGGGCACCGUCCACCUCAACUUCCUGCAGGUGCCCAAGUGCAAGGAGUACGAGGUGAAGGCGCUGGGCUACAAGCUCAUGCAGGCCAUGCACUUUGCGGUGGAGGAGAUCAACAACCACAGCAGCCUGCUGCCUGGCGUGCGGCUGGGCUACGAGAUGGUGGACAUCUGCUACGUCUCCAACAACAUCCAGCCUGUGCUCUACUUCCUGGCGCAGGAGAACUAUUUCCUGCCCAUCCGGGAGGACUACAGCCACUACGUGCCCCGCGUCGUGGCCGUCAUUGGCCCUGAGAACUCUGAGGCUACCAUGACUGUGGCCCACUUCCUCUCCCUCUUUCUCCUUCCACAGAUCACCUUCAGCGCCAUCAGCGACGACCUGCGCGACAAGCAGCGCUUCCCAGCGGUGCUGCGCACGGUGCCAGGCGCCGACCACCACCUCGAGGCCAUGGUGCAACUGAUGCUGCGCUUCCGCUGGAACUGGAUCAUUGUGCUUGUGAGCGACGACGACUACGGCCGCCGGAACAGCCAGCUGCUCAGCGAGCACCUGGCCCGCAAUGACAUCUGCGUGGCCCUGCACGAGGUGCUGCCCACGCCGCAGCCCAGCCAGGUGGUGACGCGGCCGGAGCGCAGGCGCCUGGAGGCUGUCGUGGACAGGCUGCAGCACAGCUCGGCGCGCGUGGCGGUCGUGUUCUCGCCGGACCUGGUGCUGCACCACUUCUUCCACCAGGUGCUGCGCCAGAACUUCACCGGCAUCGUGUGGAUCGCCUCGGAGUCCUGGGCCAUCGACCUGGCCCUGCACAACCUCACCGCGCUGAGCCACACGGGCACCUUCCUGGGCAUCACCACCGAGAGCGUGUCCCUCCCGGGCUUCAGCGAGUUUCGUGUGCUCCGGGCUCAGGCCAGGAGGCUGGCGUCCAACAGGCCCCGUUGGGGGGCCACCUGCAACCAGGAGUGCGACGCCUGCCUGGACGCCCUCGAGUCCUUCAACACCAUCCUCACGCUUUCCGGCGAGCGCGUGGCCUACAGCGUGUACUCUGCCGUCUAUGCCGUGGCCCACGCGCUGCACAGCCUCCUCGGCUGCAGCCAGACCCACUGCCCCAAGGAGGUGGUCUAUCCCUGGCGGCUGCUCCAGGAGAUCAGGAAGGUCAACUUCACCCUCCUGGGCCACCAUAUCUUCUUCGACGACCACGGGGACCUGCCCAUGCCCCUGGAGGUCAUUCAGUGGCAUUGGAACCGGAGCCAGAACCCAUUCCAGACCAUCGCCUCCUACCACCCCGCGCAGCGGCAGCUGAAGGACGUCCGCGGAGUCUCCUGGCACACCCCCGAUGGCACGGUCCCUGUGUCCACGUGUUCCAAGGACUGCCAACCUGGGCAAAAGAAGAAGUCUGUGGGCAUCCACCCCUGCUGCUUUGAGUGCCUUGACUGCCCCCCUGGCACCUUCCUCAACAAAACUGAAGAUGAGUUUGACUGCCAACCCUGCCCAAGCAACGAGUGGUCCCACAGGAGAGACACGUCCUGCUUCAAGCGGCAACUGACCUUCCUCCAGUGGCACAACGCACUCACCAUCUUUGUGGUCCUGCUGGCGGCCCUGGGUUUCCUCGGCACCCUGGCCACCCUGGCCGUAUUUUGGAGGCACCUCCACACGCCCAUGGUCCGUUCGGCCGGGGGCCCCAUGUGCUUCCUGGUACUGACAUCGCUGCUGGUGGCGUACCUGAUGGUCCCCGCGUACGUGGGGCCGCCCACGCCCGCCACGUGCCUCUGCCGCCAGACCUUCUUCACCCUCUGCUUCACCAUCUGCAUCUCCUGCAUCGCCGUGCGCUCCUUCCAGAUCGUCUACGUCUUCAGGAUGGCCCGCCAACUCCCGCGCGCCUAUGGCUACUGGGUUCGCUACCACGGGCCCUACGUCUUUGUGGCGGCCAUCACGGCGCUCAAGGUGGCCAUGGUGACAACCAAUCAGGUGAUCACUGCCACCGGCCCCACCGCCCGCGCCGACCCUGGGGACCCCAAGAUCAUGAUCCUCUCCUGCAACCCCGACUACAGCAAGGGGCUGCUGGUCAACACCAGCCUGGACCUGCUGCUCUCCGUGGUGGGCUUCAGCUUCGCCUACAUGGGCAAGGAGCUGCCCACCAGCUACAACGAGGCCAAGUUCAUCACCUUCUGCAUGACCUUCUACUUCACCUCCUCCAUCUCCCUCUGCACCUUCAUGUCUGUCUACGAGGGGGUGCUGGUCACCUUCCUGGACCUCUUGGUCACGGUGCUCAACCUCCUGGGCAUCAGCCUGGGCUACUUCGGCCCCAAGUGCUACCUGAUCCUCUUCCACCCGGAGCGCAACACGCCGGCCUACUUCAGCAGCGUCAUCCAGGGCUACACCAUGGGCAGGGACUAGCGCCCAUGGGGCCGGAGGGCCUGGGUGCUGGGAGGUGCGGGUCGGGGGCUUGCCUGUUCAUGUGAUCCCUCACUGUGACCACCUCGUCCUGGUCUCUGAUUGGCGUCCCCUCCAGGUUCUCUGCAUCCUGGUUUCUACCCACCUAGUCAUGGGCGCCUAAACAUACUCACGCUUGGUUCCCUUCCCUCAAGCUGCUUAGCUUGCCAGGCACUGCCACCCCCUGGAAAAAUGACCCAAGGUGACCUACUGCUGGUCUCCUAGGACCGGUCUGAUUUGGCAGCCUACAGGCGCCAUCUGGUGGUCACAGCGGGCAUCUGCGAAUUCUGGCUCAUUCCCUUGGCCUGUGCUCAUGGCCGGGAUGGGCUUGGUGUGGGAGGGUGUGAGAGGAUGUGAGCUCACUAAUGUUGCCCGGGCAUCUAGCUCCCCAUGUGUCUGUGUCUCAUCUCCCAGAUUCCCCCAGAGCUUGGACCCAGGCUUCUGUGUUGUGUCUGAAAAAUGGCUGGCACAGUGAGCGCUUCCUAAAUGCUCCAGAAUAAACCUCA